AUGCCCGGCGCGAUCGCCGCGUGCUUCCGCUGCGCGCCGGCAGCAGCGCCGCUCGCGUCCGGGUCCGCGGCGGGGCCCAGCCUGGCCACCUCCGUCUACGAGACCCAUCUUGGCCUCGUCGCGCUCUCCUGGUCGCGCACCUCCUUCGGCCUCUCGCUCCGCGCCGUCCUCCGCCUGUCGCCGCCGCCGACCCCAUCAUCCUCCGGCGCCGUAUACUUCGGCGAGGACCCAGACGAAGACACGCUCGCCUUCCGCGUCCGCCCCUGGCUGCUCUGGCGGCGCCGCGGGUCCAGGCGGUUCAGCGACGGCGACCGCCGCGUCGACCUGGCGUGGGACCUCACGCGCGCUCGCUUCCCGACCUCCGGGUCCCCGGAGCCAUCCUCGGGGUUUUUCGUCGCCGUCGUAGUCGACGGCGAGAUGGUCCUGGCCGCCGGGGAUUUGCCCGACAGGGCUUACCGCAGGACCCGGGCCCGCCCCCCGCCUGGCCUGCGCUCUGCGCUGCUGUCCCGGCGCGAGCACGUGGUCAUGCGGGACACCGGCUACGGCCGCGGCCACAGAACCUCCGUGAACGUCCGGGGCAAGGAGCGGGAGAUCUCCGUGGAUCUGGUGUCCCGCUGCCGCGGCAAGGACAGCGUCGGCCGGGACAACGAUAGGGCGGACGUCGGCAUGUCCGUCUCCCUCGACGGCGAGCGCGUGCUCCACGUCCGACGACUUCGCUGGAAGUUCCGUGGCACGGAGCGAGUCGACCUGGGCGACGGCGACCAGGUCCAGGUCUCCUGGGACCUCCACAAGUGGCUCUUCCCCGCGCGUGAACCGCCACCCGCGGACGCCGCCGCGCAUGCGCACGCGCACGCGGUGUUCGUCUUCCGUUUCGAGCCCGGCUGCGGCGGCGAGGAGCCCCAAGCCGAGGAGGGCCGGCUCCACAAGAAUGUGUCGUCGAGGACAAGCACGAGCACUUGGAGAGACUACUUUCAGCGGUGGGGGCAAAAGGACUGGAGCGGGACCCUCAGCAAGGUAGAGAGGGAGAAGAAGGGGAGAGGGCGGAAGCUGGCCAUGGCGAGCUCCUCGUCGUCGGUGUCCGUGGCGUCGUCAGCGGCGUCCUGGGCAAGCAGCUCGACGGUGAUGGACUGGGCUAGCCCCGAGGAGGCCGAGAUGCAGCGGGGCGACGGCUUCUCGCUGCUCAUCUACGCAUGGAAGAGCUAGCGGCGAUUGUUUCUCGGUUGGUGGUAUUGUUCCGCUUCAAAUUUUGCAGCUGUUGUAAGUGUCAAUUCUCUUGUGUAGUUGGCCCUGUGGGAUCAAAUUGAUCUUACAUUUCAGUAGCGAUAGCCAAGUGAGUGGUGCUGGCAUCUUCCAUUCUUCGCAUUCUGACAACGAGGAAAAGGAAAUUUGAUUGACAGUGUGGACAUUUGAACGCAGGUUUAGACAUAACUUAUCUAAUUAAUCUACA